AUGAGAGCAUACUUAAUUCUUCUCAGCACAAUUAUAUGUGUAAGCGGUGCUCCAUUCACAUUUUCGAUUGGGUCGAAUGCUCAAGAGUGUUUCUAUAUCUUGACUCCUGAUAUCGACAGCGUAGUAUCAUAUUAUUUUGCUGUUCAGCACAGCGAUGACAACAAGCUCGUGGUUGAUUAUGAGAUAUUUGCUCCUGAUAAUAAAUACAAGCCAAUAAUCAAGAGAGAACGUGAGGCACAGGGCGAGUGGACAUUUGUCGGAGAGCACAAAGGAGAAUAUGCCUUUUGCUUUAAGAGUGAUGGCGCUAGCAAGGUUGUAGACCUGGAAAUCAAAUCCAAGAGUGGCCUUGAGGACAGGAGAUUAAAAGCUGUCGAAAAGAGAAAGAAGGCUCGUAUCCGUCACAGGUUUGACACAUCUGAUGAACUUCAACAAUCGAUAGAAAACUCGGUAGAUUUGAUAGAACGGCAACUGAAUAUACUAGAGAAGAAUAUGCAAUACUAUAAAACAAGGAAUAGCCGAAACCAACAUACGGUUGCGUCAACUGAAAAAAGAAUUGUAUGGUUUUCGCUAUAUGGCAUUUUACUUGUGGUUGCUAUGGGUUUGGCCCAGAUCUUCAUAUUGCAAAUGUUCUUCAAUGAAUCGAGAAAACAUGUGGUGUAA